AUGAGCAUGGCUUUCGCAGCAUCUUCUGUUGUCACUUGCAGCUCUCGCCAUGCAUCAGAGCACCGAGCACCAGCUGAAAUCGUCCGAGCUACCUGGCACUCUGGCAGCCGCCCAUGGCCCCCGUUUUCAGCCUUUGGCUGCUGUGGGUCUGCAGUCUUGACUGCCUGGUCGCGCCGGUGGACAGUCCAAAGGCGAUCUGUCCGGCGCGCGGGCCCUUCCGAGCCUCAGAAUCUCUACGAGCUCCUCGGUCUCUCGGCAAUCGAAGCUGCAUCCGCCCCACUGGAUCUCCUAAAGCAGCGGCAGCGCGCCCUGCUCCGCGUGUGUCAUCCGGAUGUGGCUGGCGACGGUGGGAGUGCAGUGACGUCGCUGCUUUCUGAGGCCGUGAACCUGCUCAGCACGUUUGAGGGUCGAAUUGAGUACGAGGCGCAACUUCAAGGCGAAACUGUGCGAAAGGCGUAUGACCCGCAGACGUGGCAGUCCUUACCUGACAUCAAGUUUGCAAAUGACGAGUGGGAGAAUGUUGCGGACGAGGAGCGUGGCGAGAAGCAUGCAGCCCAACAGUACCUCGCUGUGGACGAGGUGGCAUGCACGAGCUGCAAUAUUUGCGUAGACGCUGCGCCGAACACAUUUGACAUUGUGGACUACCCAGGUGGGGAUGACAACUGUAGCGGCGGGAGGACGGCUCGCGUGCUCACGCAAUGGGGUGAUGGUGAGGAGGCUCUCCAAGAGGCAUGUGAACACUGCCCUCGCGGUUGUAUAUACUGGGUUCCUCGCGAAGCUGUGCGGACAAUCGAGUACGUGAGUCAGGCAGAGGAGUAUCAACCUUUUCUGGGCAGCAAGCGAAAGAUCUUGGAUGCCAGAGGCGGCCAGACCAACUUCGACCCCAUCAAGGGGUAUCAGGUUUGGUGGCCGGUGGAGGAAGGCCUUCGGCUGGUCGAAGGCGGGGCCGUAUGUCCGCAAGAGCCUGCCACCACAGCAGGUGCCCUUGGAGUGGACGAUCGCGUGGCCUUGGCUUGGCAAGAGCUGCCGUCCGAGGUGAGGAGGGGCUGUAGCCUUUGGAAGCUUUAG